AUGCUGGGGCAGACGCUGGGACAGCUGCUGUUGUGGUCGCCAGCGAUCCCAUUAAUAAGGGAAGGAGUGGGUCUUCGGCUGGUGGAUCAACCUCUGGCUCUAGCUCAUGCACCGCACAGGAUGCAGGUGCUGGGGCAGGAGAAGAAGACGGAGGUGGAAGACCACGAAGAGGAUAUUGAGCAGCAGACGCGGUUUCGAGUGCGCGAGCGAAUCCAGCUCGCAGUUGGUGCUGAGACGUGA